GAUCUUGGUGCACCGCUAAAAUGAAAAGCUAAUUUGAAAGCUCCAAAAAGAAAUAAAUUCUUCAGACAGUUCACACCAGCCCAUCAUGCCAUAUGUUUUAGUUGCUUUCCUUUUCUGGGUUCUCCUUGGUUGUUUUAAUGUGUCCGUAAGGCAGAAAAACCCAUAAAUUUUAGGCUGAGUGGUCCUGGGAGAGAAGAAGAAUGGAGUGUUACAGAGCUCCCAUUCUAGCUUUUAUGGCACUGAUGUCUCUCUGCUCAGUCAGUCAUGGCUGGGGUACAGACGGGCAUUUCACCAUCUGCAGGAUUGCUCAGUCUCGAUUGAGUGACGUUGCAGCGGAUGCUGUGAAGGAAUUGCUACCAGCCUCAGCGGAUGAUGAUCUGGCGAGCUUGUGUUCAUGGGCAGAUCGUGUCAAGUUCCGUUACCACUGGUCAUCACCCCUCCAUUUUCUUAAUACCCCUGAUGACCUUUGCACAUACCAGUACACAAGGGAUUGCAAAGAUGAAGAUGGAGUGAAGGGUAGGUGUGUUGCAGGAGCAAUUAACAAUUACACCAGCCAGCUUCUCACCUAUGGCAGUUCUCAAGCAGAUUAUAAUCUCACAGAAGCUCUUCUCUUCCUUUCUCACCUUAUGGGAGACGUCCACCAGCCACUGCAUGUGGGUUUUACCACAGACAAGGGAGGCAAUACAAUUGAUGUCAAAUGGUACAACAGGAAGACAGUUCUCCACCAUGUCUGGGACACUAAUAUAAUUGAGACUGCAGAAGAGCAGUUCUAUGAUUCGAAUGUAGAUGACAUGAUUGAUGCUAUCGAAAAGAAUAUAACGACUGAGUGGGCAGAUCAAGUUCCGAAAUGGGAGAUCUGUGGUGGGAACAAGACAGCAUGCCCGGACAUAUAUGCUUCUGAAGGUAUUAAAGCAGCUUGCGACUGGUCAUACAAGGGUGUAAGAGAAGAUUCAGUACUAGAAGAUGACUACUUCCUGUCACGUUUACCAAUAAUCACUUUCCGAUUAGCUCAAGGUGGGGUUCGGUUGGCAGCCACUCUUAAUCGUAUCUUUGGAUGAUCAAGAUAUCUGGUAUUGCUCUAUUAUUGUGGCGCUGAAUGAAUUUGCCUAGCAUUAAGCACAGUGUAAAUUCAUUGGCCUAGUAGUACUUGAAUUCAAAGUUAUGGGUAUUGCUUAGGAUGGGGAAUUGUUAUGUGCCAAACCAAGCACUCUUCUCAAAGUAUCUUGUUCUACAUAAUAAGGACCAACACAGAUUCAAUCUGUGAGUUGAAUUGAAAGAGUUCUCCUUAACUAUUUUCCAGCA